GCUCUCGCACAGAAACCCCUCUUCUCUCCAUCGACGCUCUUCAAUCCCCAACCACAAAUUUUCAAAUCCAAGAGAUUUCUAGUUUAUAGUGAGAGAAGGCCGAGCGAGGUUUGUGCAUUGUGGCGACGGAUAACCCCGAAGAAGGAGAGACGCGCAGCGGCCGUCUCGGAGUGCUUCUGUCGUCGUUUUGGGCCAGUCUUGGAGGGGUUUUCGGCGGCCGUGGAGAGGAAAUCGAAAUCGAAAUCGACAGCGAAGAAGAAGAAGAGGAAGAAUUAGAUUUGGAGAUGGCUUCAAAAGUUGUUGCUCCUGAGCAACCCAUCGUUGCAGGAGGGAAGCAGAAGAAUGCUCAGCCGGAAGUUAGGAAUCGGAGGGUCUUGAGAGACAUCGGCAACUUGGUUCCGGCGGCGGCGCCGAAGCCGCAGAAUCAGAUCACCCGUCCUAUAACAAGGAGAUUCGGUGCUCAGCUUUUGGCAAAUGGUCAAGUUCAAGCAGCAGUAGACAAGAACAACUGCAAGAAACAGCAGCCGGAAAAUGCAAACAUUUUAGUGGGAAAAGAUGGUGCUGUGAAAGCUAAUAAAGCCAUGAAUAGGAAGGAAGGUGUUGCUGUUAAGCCAAAGAAUGAUGCAGUGGUGGUCAUUGAUCCUGAUUGCAAAGCUGGACCUAAAGUGAGGGAAGCAUCGUUGAAAAUGUCUUCUAAAAGCCUCACUGCAAUCCUCACUGCUCGAAGCAAGGCUGCUUCUGGACUGACGAAGAAGCCGAAAGAUCUGAUAGACAUUGAUGCAGUUGAUGUGGAUAACGAAUUGGCAGCGGUGGAGUAUGUUGAGGAUAUGUACAAUUUCUAUAAGCAAACAGAGGAAGAUGGCAGAGUUCGUGAUUACAUUGAUUCACAGCCAGAGGUGAACUCUAAAAUGAGAGGCAUUCUGGUUGACUGGUUGGUUGAAGUUCACAAGAAGUUUGAACUGGUGCCUGAGAGCCUCUACCUCACCAUCAACAUAGUGGACCGGUUUCUUGCAGCGAAGACUAUCCCGAGAAGGGAGCUUCAGUUGGCUGGCAUAAGCUCCAUGCUCAUUGCUUGCAAGUACGAGGAGAUAUGGGCACCGGAGGUGAGCGACUUCAUAGCCAUAUCGGAUAAUGCUUAUGUGAGGGAGCAAGUGCUUCUCAUGGAGAAAGCCAUUCUUGGGAAGCUCGAGUGGUAUCUGACUGUGCCAACCCCUUAUGUGUUUCUGGUUCGAUACAUCAAAGCAUCUGUUCCUGCUGAUAAGGAGAUGGAGAACAUGACGUUCUUCUACGCUGAACUCGGUUUGAUGAGCUACACUACAAUCAUAGAGCACAGCCCUUCGAAGAUCGCAGCUUCUGCUGUAUAUGCUGCACGCUGCGCCCUUAACAGGAGCCCCUCGUGGACUGAAACACUCGAGCAUCACACCGGCUACUCUGAGGACCAGUUGAUGGCGUGCGCGAAGAUGCUGGUCAGUUUCCACUUCGGAGCAGCGGAGAACAAGCUCAAGGCUGUGUAUCGGAAAUACCUAAAUCCAGAAAGAGGAGCUGUUGCUCUCAUUCCUCCUGCCUCUGCUCUCAUUCCAAUUCCAGUUCCAUUUUGAGUUUGCUGCUACUGUUAGUAAAUAGAAAGGUUUACUAGUUUAGUGUUUCAACUCAAAUUAGAGAUCAUUUGGCUGCCAUGAUCUCUCUCUAUAUCUCUACGAAAACUGUGUGUUUAUGUUCAAUUUGAAUGAAUGAAUGAAUUCAAUUUAUGUUCUAGUAAAAA